AUCAAACCUCCGCCCACAUCCCCGAGUCCUCCGCCUGACGGAGACGAGUUCCCCACACUGAGUCCUGACGUAGACCCCUCUGGUGAGUCAGGUGUUGACGGUGUGUUGUCUGUGUCCUCUGCAGGAAGUCGAGCCUACGUGCUGCUGUCUCUCAGUCAGCAGGACGGCAUCGAGCAGCACAUGGACUUUGAUAACCGCUACACUCUGCUGGAGCUGUUCGCUGAGACCACGUCAUCGGAGGAGCACGGCAUCUCCUUUGAAGGCAUUCACCUGCCGCAGAUUCCUGGGAAGCUGCUGUUCUCUCUGGUGAAGCGUUACCUGUGCGUCACGUCUCUGAUGGACAAACUCAACACGGGCGGGGCGGAGUCAAGCUCUGACAGACAGGACGCCAGCCCCUCCCCCGCCUCCACCUCCUCCUCCAGCACCGGCCACCAGACGGAGCACCUGCGGGUGCAGCGGGAGUUCGACUUCACCAUGGCCAUGGCCAACCUGAUCUCGGAGCUCGUCCGGGUGAUGGGCUGGGACCGGAACCGCCAGCCCCCGAUGGCUCCACCCACCGCCCCGGAGGAGGGGGUCUGUGGGGAGGAGCAGGCGGACGAGGGGUCCCGCCCCGUCCUCAGGUCCAUCUUCCAGCCUCGGUUCUGCGCCUCCCCCGUCACUAUCACCGCCAGCUCCUCUGUCGCAGCGCCUGUUGCCACGCCACCAAAGAAGAAGACAGGAAAUGGAUUCAAGACGCGCUCUGACUUCGCCAGCCGCUCGGCCUAUGUGGAGUAUGUCCAGGACAACCUGAAGAGCGGCAUGAUGGUCCGCAUGCUGGAGGACUACGAGGAGGUGAGCGCCGGGGACGAGGGAGAGUUUCGCUACAGCAACGACGGCUCGCCACCUGUUCAGGUGUACUGGAACUCCCUGUCCAGGACUUACUGGGUCCACUGGCACAUGGUGGAGAUCCUGGGCAGCGGCAGCAGCAGUCAGGCCGAGAAGGAGACGCAGGAGAAAGCCUCGUCUCUCACAGAGACGCUCAAACUCACCGCAGUGAGCCAGACGUUCUUCUCGAAGCCUCCCGGCGGCCUCUACUCUCUGCCCUACCUGUCUGAGGGUCUGCAGAUGGAGCCCACGGCUCUGAGCAGAGCCGAGUGGUGGGAGAUCCUCUUCUUCAUCAAGAAGCUGGAGCCCAAACAGCAGCAGGAGGUCAACGGCGUCCUGCUGCAGAGCCUCGACGACCAGGACGGCGAGCUGGACGACUCGUCUCUGAUCAGCCUCUCCGUCCCCGGAGACGUGGCCAAGAAGCUGCUUCACUACCUGAAGCAGAAGCUGCCAUCAUCGUGCCUGAGCGACCUGCUCUGCUCCCACGCUUUCUCCAAACACUACCUGAGGAGAGGAGGAGGAUGUCUGGAGGACGAAGAGCUGCUGGCUGAAAGCUCUCUGGGCUCGUCAGGUUUGGGAGGAGCAGGUGGAGGAGGAGGAGGAGGUGGAGGAGGAGCACAGAGCUGCUCGUCUUCAUCGGCAGCCUCGGCCUCCUCUUCCUCAGCGAUGGGCUCCGUCUCUAAGAAAGCAAAGAAGGAGAUUCCUGCAGAUUCAGGCCUCGGCAGCUCAGAGACGGAGAGCGAGCUGCCGACAGAGGACGACAGCAAAUACCCCGAUGACCUGGAGGAUAAGAUGAAAGUGUUUAACAACCCGCGAGUCCAGGGGAAGAAGACGGCGCUGGAGAAGCUGGGGGAGGUGGUGGACAUCCUGAGGAAGGGGGGGUCGGGCUCAGACCAGGCCCAGCAGCUGGCCGCUGUCCUCUUCAUCACCAGGCUGCUGGAGGAGAAGGGGUCCCAGGAGAAAAACUCCAUGAGGAGCGACUCUGCCCAGACCAUACGGGACAAGGUGCUGAAGCUGCUGGUGGAGCUGCUGGGUUCGUCCUCCAAAGACCUGGUGGUCAGCACGCUGAGACUCACCCACCUCCUCAUGCUGAAGUACGAGUGGAGGGUCUCCUUCGCCACAGAGGGCGGAGUUAAAGCCAUCCUGUCCUGCAUGCAGGAGUUCUCCUCCGUCACACACGUUCAGCAGCUGGCGCUCGCGACUCUGAAGGUGAUCACUGGAGCCAGUAAACACGACCUCCGCAGCGUCGGCAGCAGUCUUCCUCUCUCUGAGUCCGGCACUCAGAUGAUGUUGGAGAUCUUCGCCAGCAUCGGCUCAGCCACGCCCGAGGGCUCCAGAGGCCUGCUGGGAGCCAUCCCCGCCGCCAUCGACCUCAUGCUCAACACUAAAGGCUGCAUGCUGUCGGUGCGUAACGGCCUGCUCGUCAUCAUCAUGCUCAUCUCCAACCAUAAGAGCCUGGCGGAGCAGCUGGUGGCCUGCGACGUCACCGCCGUCCUCAAGAAGUGUCUGACUCUGUCCCGAGCCGAGACCAUGCUCGCCAUCAUCGCCCUCAACCACAUCUCCAUGGUCCACAAGUUGGAGAGCAAAGAGUGUCGUGAGCAGCUGGACUUUAAAGACACGGAGCUGCAGAUGUUGGUGGUGAGUCUGAAGGAGCUGACGGCCACGAAAGAGGUGAUCCAGACUCUGGAGCAGCUGCUGUGUGACGACGCCUCACAGCUGGAGGAGGAGCGCAGCCAGGUGACUCACAGUCGUGACACCUACCAGGACCUGGUCCGUCUGAUGGAGCAGCACCGAGCCGACCGGGCUGUGCAGCUCUCCAUCCUCAGGAUCCUGAACAAGUUUCUGGAGAACUACCAGGAGGACGUGCUGCCGUGGCACGAGAGCAUCGAGCCCUGCCUGUCCUCCAUGACGGCCUUCAUCAACGACAGAGAGGUGGUUCAGCUGUUCAUCCGCUUCCUGUACCGGCUGGCGUCUCUGAACAAAGACUACGCGGUGGUGAUGUGUCGUCUGGGAACCAAAGAGGCUCUGGUGAAAGCUCUGGACAAACACAGCACCAACCUGCUCCUGGUCACUGAGCUCCGAGACCUCAUCACGGACUGUGAGAAGUACGCCAGCCUCUACAAGAAGAUGACCACCAGCGUCCUCGCAGGGUGUAUCCAGAUGGUGCUGGGUCAGAUCGAGGAGCAUCGCCGCAGCCAUCAGCCAAUCAACAUCCCCUUCUUUGACGUGUUCCUCAGGAAUCUCUGCCAAGGGUCCAGUGUGGAGCUGAAGGAGGAUAAGUGCUGGGAGAAGGUGGAGGUUUCGUCCAAUCACCAUCGAGCAAACAAACUGACCGACAAGAACCCGAAAACAUACUGGGAGUCCAACGGCUGCACGGGCUCACACUUCAUCAACAUCUACAUGCACAAAGGAGUUGUCAUCAGACAACUCGCCAUCCUGGUGGCGAGUGAGGACUCGAGCUACAUGCCGGCCCGGAUCCUGGUUCUGGGAGGAGACGACCCGACCAACAUCAACACGGAGCUCAACACAGUGAACGUGACUCCGUCGGCCAGUCGAGUGGUUCUGCUGGAGAACAUGACCAGGUUCUGGUCCAUCAUCCAGAUCAGGGUCAAGAGAUGUCAGCAGGGUGGUAUCGACACUCGGGUCCACGGGUUUGAGGUUCUGGGUCCGAAGCCGACGUUCUGGCCGGUGUUCAAGGAGCAGCUGUGCUGUCGGACCUACCUGUUCUACAGCACCAAGGCCCACACCUGGUGUCAGGAGGUGAUGGAGGACAAGACGCAGCUGCUGCAGCUCUUCAACAAACUGAACAGCGCUCUCAGACAUGAGCAGAUGUUUGCGGAUCGUUUCCUGCCGGACGCUGAGGCGGCUGAAGCUCUGGGUCGAACCUGCUGGGAGGCUCUGAUCACCCCGAUCGUCCACAGCAUCACACUGUCAGAAUCCUCGGUGUCCAGCCCUCUGUCCUGGCUGCUCAGUGAGUACCUGGAUAACGCCGAGUCGGCCCGCCGCUGUAAGAGCCGGGCGGCCAUCUUUAACUCCAGAGUGAGACGUCUCACUCACCUGCUGGUCCAUGUGGACACGAGCCGACCGGACGGUGAGGAGCUGAAACCGCCCGUCAAAUCCAAAGGUCUCAACAGAAGCAAAGAGCUGAAGAACGGCAAAGAGGGUAAAAACAAAGACACCGCCGCUGCCUCUUCUUCCUCCUCAUCUUCCUCAGCCAAGCCCAAAGUGAAGAGCAGCAGCAGCAUCGCAGGCAUCGCCCUCUGUUGGCAGGGGGUGGUACAGCGGCAGGUAAAGAAAUUCCUGGAGUCGAGCUGCAGUCUGCUGGAUUUCGUGGAGCGUUACCGGACUCUGUACCUGCGGCUGAAGAACGCCAUGGAGGAGCUGUUUGGACAGCAGACCGCCUUUGUCCUCGCCCUACGACACGGCUUCUCUGCUGCACUGCUGCAGCUCUCCAUCCUCAAAGCUAUGCAUGUGAGCGAGCGUUUCGCUCAGUACAUCGAUCAGAUGAUCCAGGCGAGCGGCGCGGCGUCCGGCAGCGUGGAGACUCUGGAGCGACUGCAACAGUUUCUGGAGCCGAUGCUCUUCCUGUCGGGCCUCGAGCUCGCCAACACCUUUGAGCACUUUUACAGGUACUACCUGGGCGACCGGCUGCUGGCUCAGGGGAAUGUGUGGUUGGAGAGCGCUGUGAUCGAUCAUAUCGGCAGCUGCUUCCCGAGUCGCUUCCCUCAGCAGAUGCUGAAGAACCUGAGCGAGUCGGCCGAGCUGCAGCAGGAGUUUCACCUGUACAGGUUGCAGCAGCUCGACCGCCGCCUGCAGGAACACGACCAGAUGAUGGAGGAGGAGUGGGCGGAGUCAGAGGAGGAAGCAGACGUCCAGGUUCUGGUUCUGUCUCCACGUUGCUGGGCUGUCUCCUCGCUCUGCUUCCUGGACGAACCAACAAAACAUUUUCCAGCUGAACUCUGCUCCUACCUGAACCAGUUCACCCAGUUCUACACUCACAGUCAGUCCAUGUACGGUCUGAGUCACUCGAAGCCUCGGCGGCUGCAGUGGACGUGGCUUGGUCACGCUGAGCUGCAGUUUGGCUGCUGGACGCUGACUGUGUCCACACUGCAGAUGUUCAUCCUGCUGCAGUUCAACGACCACGAGGAGGUUGGUGUGGAUGCUCUGCUGCAGGUGACUGGUCUGUCAGCUCCUGUCCUGCUGCACGCUCUGAUGCCGCUCAUCAGCGACAGAGGGCCGCUGAUCUGCAGUCAGCCGGACGAGCCGAGUCAGGGUGUGCUGAGGCUGAACCAGCAGAUGGCGUCCAGCAGCCUGGACGGCGUCCCGGUGUCGGUCCAGCUUCUGCCCCGACAGACGUACCUGAACGUGGACGAGGAUGCAGCCGGCACUCUGGAGAGGAAGAGGAACUACAUCUACUGUCUGAUUGUCCACAUCAUGAAGCAGGAGAAGGAGAUGCACAUCGACAACCUCGUCUUCAAGGUUUUGGACUCUUGUCAGAAACAGGAGGCGUCUCGGUCUCCGGGCGCCGGUCGUUUCAGCUGCAGCACCAGCGACGUCCUCUCCUGCAUCAUGCACGUCAUCAGUAAAGGCUGCAUCCGCCGCAACGAGGAGAACCCGCACAUCGUGGAGUUCCUCCCCGAGGACCCGUCCACGCCACAAAAAGGCCAGGCCCAGUUCUCCUUCAGCCGGACCGAGAUCAGGAAGGACGCCGCCGACAGCCAGGCCGACAUCAGUCUGGUGGCGGCGCCACGGCGUUUUGAGGACGGCGUUCUGGAUGCAGUUCUGUUCUCGAUGGGUCGGACGAUGACGCAGGAGGAAGUCCGUCAGCUGAUGCAGAGGACUGUCCAGCAGGUUUCAGGGACUCUGAGUCUGGACCUGGACCGGGCCGAGCACCUGCUGGUUCACUGUAAGUGGAACGUGGACCUGCUGGUGCAGCGGUACACCGACGACCCGGACUCCCUCAUCAUGGCCGCCGGGCUCAAGUGCCGAAACCCUCAGCCGCCGCCGAGCCCCGCCUCCACCUGCCCGGUCUGCCUCGGCCCCCGCAGCCCCCCCACGGAGCCGGUCCCCUCGCUGAGCUGCAUGCACUACUGCUGCAGGUCGUGCUGGCAGGAGUACCUGACGGCGAGGAUCGAGCAGAACCUGGUGAUGAACUGUAACUGUCCAAUCACAGACUGCCAGGCUCAGCCCACCUCUCAGUUCUUCCUCAGCAUCCUCACCGACAAGGACACCAUCGCCAAGUAUGAGAAUGCCUUGCUCCGGGUCUACGUGGAGUGCUGCUCUAACCUGACAUGGUGCACCAACCCUCAGGGCUGUGAUCAGAUCCUGUGUAAGGAGAACAUGGGCAGCAUGGGAACCUGCUCCAAGUGCUGCUGGUCCUCCUGCUUCAGCUGCAACUUCCCCGAGGCUCAUUACCCAGCCAGCUGCAGCCACAUGUCUCAGUGGAUGGAUGAUGGAGGAUACUAUGAAGGGAUGAGCAUGGAGGCUCAGAGCAAACACCUCGCCAAGCUCAUCUCCAAACGCUGCCCGAGCUGCCAGGCUCAGAUCGAGAAGAACGAGGGCUGUCUGCA